UCCUUCUCUCCCCAGGUCAACGACUUCUUGUCGGGCCGGUCCCCGCUGACCCUGGCCCUGCGCGUGGGGGACCACAUGAUGUUCGUGCAGCUCCAGCUGGCGGCUCAGCAGAGCAGCGGGCAGCUCCAGCACCGGCACCUCAUCGCCAGCCGUGGCGAGGCGGGGGCCGCCGCCAGCCCCCACUGCCGGACGCUGCACGGCGGCGCCGGCUCCGGCUUCACCCGCAUCCCCGUGGUGCCCGCCUCGUGCCAGCAGAGCCCGGCCCCCAGCCCCGCGCCUGCCGCGCCGGCCCCCCCCAUGUACUGUAACACCCCCCACGCCGCCCCCGUCACCGCCGGGAUGUUCCGGUCGCACGGGGCCAGCACGCAGACGGUGAACAGCAGCGUGGUCUCCUCCUGCUCAGAGGUGGAGUGCGGCACCCGCAGCAGCAGCUCCCCGGGCAGCAGCCCCGCGCCCGCCGCCCGGUCCCGCAAACCCGGUGCCGUCAUCGAGAGCUUCGUCAACCACGCGCCUGGGGUCUUCUCAGGGACCUUCUCCGGCACUUUGCACCCCAACUGCCAGGACAGCAGCGGGCGGCCGCGGAGGGACAUCGGCACCAUCCUGCAGAUCCUGAACGACCUCCUCAGCGCCACGCGACACUACCAGGGCAUGCCCCAGUCCCUGACGCAGCUCCGCUGCCAGACGCAGUUCUCCUCAUCCUCCUCGUCCUCCUCCUCGUCCUCCUCCUCGCCACCAGCCUCCCCGGACCUCGCCACCAAAACUACCUCAGAGCCGCUGCCGGCGGCCGCAGCAUCCCCACCCCUGCACCCCGUCGUCCAGUGCCAAAGCCAGAUCCGGAUGUGCAAGCCCAGCGGGGACCGCUUGCGGCAGACGGAGAACCGGGCGACGCGCUGCAAGGUGGAGCGGCUGCAGCUGCUCAUGCAGCAGAAGCGGCUGCGCAGGAAGGCGCGGAGGGACGCGCGGGCCCCCUACCACUGGCUGCCCAACCGCAAGUCCAGCCGCACCAACAGCAACAGCAGCGUCUCCAGCGAGGGCAGCCUGGACCUGGACUUCGAGGACUCGGUGUGGAAGCCCGAGGUCAAGGCAGACAUGAAAUCAGAGUUUGUCGUAGCAUAGAGCCCUACCCCGGGGGGGGGCCCCGGGGCCGCGGACUCUGCCGGGGAU